AUGCUGAAAAUCACUGGGAGACUUAGUUUGCCUAAUAGUGCUAAUUUGGGGGUGUAUAAAAGGAAUGCAUACUCCUUGUUUUCCUUCGCUUCAACAUUGACGGUUAUUUCUGUGCUUUUAGGACUUAAAUGGGUCUUUUGUAUCUACUCUCUCUACUAUGUCUUUAUGUGUAAAAAGAUAAGCCUGCAUUACCAAAGAACAGCCGAAAACCAAAACAUUGUGGCUAAACUGAAAGGUUUAGAGAAAGUCUUCUAUCCACAUAUUUUAUGGAUGUUUCCUCAGAUUCAAACUAUUGCUUAUGUUGUCCGUAAUAUUCCUAAGAAUGCUUAUCGUGAAGUUGAGAUAGAGCAGGAUGAUGGUGGGUCGUUUUUUGUGCAUAUUUAUGAACCGGUAGAAAGUCCGAAACAUAUGGUUGUUUUAGUCCAUGGUCUGGGAGGAUCGGCUCAUUCUAAGCACGUAACGAUCAUUUGUAACCACUUUUUAAGAGAGGGACAUCGUGUACUGAUUAUGAGUGCUCGAGGGACCUUGCAUAAGUUGAAGACUCCGGUCUUCUUUCAUAUUGGCUGGACGAAGGACUUAGUGCGGACGAUGAAGUAUGCCCUGGAGACUUACUCAGGAACACUUUCUGGAGUGGGGUACAGUUUGGGCGGACACUGGAUGGCUAAAGUCUUUGGGGAAAUAUCAGAUCAUUUUAGUACGGAUGAAUGUGCUCGGAUUAAGGGAGCUAUGGCUAUUUCUAUUCCUUUUGAUUUUGUUAAGAUCGCAGAGUAUAUGAAACGGCCAAUUCCUAAGCGUAUGUACAAUCGAGUCUUUGCCACUAAGAUUCAUAAGUUUGUGGCGCGGAAUCGAGAAGUGUAUGAGGCAGCUGGGUUUCCUAUUGACCAAAUUAUGGCAGCCCGUACUAUGCACGAACUGGACCAGUUACUUACUUUACGUGUCUUUAUGAUCAACGAUAUCAGCGAGCAUUAUUAUCAACAGUCGUGUGUACGAGUGAUCAGUAAGAUAAACAAACCGUUCUUGAUUCUGAAUUCUAAAGACGAUCCCAUUGUGCCGCUCAGUACUAUUCCCAUUAAAGAGUGCCUCAAGAGUACCCAUGUAAUCUUGGCUUUAACUGAGCGGGGAGGACAUAUGGGCUUCUUGGGGUACUGUAAUUACAUGACCUAUGCCGAAGAAGCCGCCAUCGAGUUCACGCGUGCAAUUAUUGAUUUGGAGUAG